AUGGGCUGGCUGCUGGUCUGGAGUUUGCAGUCGCCCUCGAAAUUCGGUUAUCCCACUUCACCCGCAUGGCCAGGGGCCUUGUCUUGCACGCAGGCAUUUUUUGAACAUGUCACUCAAGAAGUCAUCUAUGGUGCCAUGGGCCGUUGUGUGGUUUGUGGGGACAUGAAUGCUUCAACUGCAGCCCUCUCAGUCUUCGAAGCAAACGUCUCUACCAUUGAUCACCUAUGGUUAUCUCCCGAAGCCCAGGCCCUUUGCCGGGCGGUGGAAGUGCGACGGCGCGACCGUGCAAUGGUCCAGGAUGGCCAAUGCCGGCUUCAACCCCCUUGGGCCACAGUGCGGAGUUAUUGGCCUGUCACCCCACCACCGGCUCUGGCUCUUGAGCAAGACAGUGACCUCGCGUCAGCUUUUGGCAAUGGGAGGAGAUGCGCAAUUCGCUUCUCUGUUCUUCAGUGA